UCAGAGAGAUUCAUUCUCCUUCUUCAUCCGCUCACUGACUCUUCGCUGUCUCUCGCUGUUUCUCUCUUCAUGCCAGCUUGCACUAGUUUGACAAAAUAAAACACUAGAACCAAACAUGACUUCCAGCUUUCGUAUGACCACGACCAAGAGCAGCUCUGGAGGCUCCGGGAGCAUCAAAGGAUCAGGAGUGAGCUUUAGAAGCAGCAGCGGUGGCGGUGGCUUUGGAAGCCGUUCCUUGAUCAUACCAAGCCGGUCCAGGAUGAGCGUCGUGUCCUCAGGCUUCGGCAGUGGUGGUCGUGCUGGUGGUGGCAGUUUCGGCGGUGGCUAUGGCGGUGGAGCCAGCUUCAGCUCCAUGUCAAGCUACGGUGGCAUGGGCGGUGGUGGUGGCGGCUUUGGCAUGGGCGGUGGUGGUGGCGGCUUUGGCAUGGGGGGUGGCGGAGGUUUUGGUGGCGGUUUCGGUGGCGGCAUGGGCGCCCCCAUCACCGCAGUCACCGUCAACCAAAGUCUGCUGGCCCCCCUCAACUUGGAGAUCGACCCCAACAUCCAGGUGAUCCGCUCCCAGGAGAAGGAGCAGAUCAAGGGCCUCAACAACCGCUUCGCCUCCUUCAUCGACAAGGUACGUUUUCUGGAGCAGCAGAACAAGAUGCUGGAAACCAAGUGGAACCUAAUGCAGGGGCAGACCACCACCAAGUCCAACAUCAACGCCAUGUUCGAGGCGUACAUCGCCAACCUGCGCCGGCAGCUGGACUCCCUGGGCAAUGACAAGAUGAAGCUGGAGAGCGAUCUGAAUAAUAUGCAGAACAUGGUGGAGGACUUCAAAAACAAAUACGAGGAUGAAAUCAACAAGCGCGCCAGUGUGGAGAACGAAUUUGUCCUGCUGAAGAAGGAUGUUGAUGGCGCUUACAUGAACAAGGUUGAGCUGGAAGCCAAGGUCGAUGCACUCCAGGAUGAGAUUAACUUCCUCAGGGCCAUCUACGAAGAGGAGCUUCGCGAGAUGCAGUCCCAGAUCAAGGAUACCUCGGUGGUGUUGGAGAUGGACAACAGCCGUAACCUGGACAUGGACUCAAUUGUGGCCGAAGUGCGCGCUCAGUAUGAGGAAAUCGCUGCCAGGAGCCGUGCCGAGGCUGAGAGCUGGUAUAAGCAGAAGUACGAGGAGAUGUCCACCUCCGCCGGACAGUACGGUGAUGACCUGCGCAACACCAAAUCUGAGAUCGCAGAACUGAACCGCAUGAUCAGCAGACUGACCUCUGAGAUUGAAUCUGUUAAGGGCCAGCGCGGGAACUUGGAGGCUCAGAUCGCUGAGGCAGAGGAGCGCGGGGAGCUGGCAGUGAAAGACGCCAAGCUCCGUAUUGGAGAUCUGGAGGCCGCUCUCCAGAAAGCCAAGCAGGACAUGGCCCGCCAGGUCCGGGAGUACCAGGAGCUGAUGAACGUCAAGCUGGCCCUGGAUAUUGAGAUCGCCACCUACAGGAAACUCCUGGAAGGAGAGGAGAGCAGAAUCAGCUCAGGCGGUGGAGCAGUCACAGUACACAUGCAGCAGAGUGUAUCUUCAUCUGGAGGCGGAUUCAGCAUGGGAGGAGGCGGCGGUAGCGGUGGAUACGGCAUGGGAGGAGGACUGGGAGGAGGAAUGGGAGGAGGCGGCAGUGGAUUUGGAAUUGGAGGAGGAAUGGGAGGAGGAAUUGGAGGAGGCUCCAUGAGUGGUGGAGGAUACGGAGGUUUUAGUGGUGGCAGCAGCGGUGGUAGCAGCAAAGUGUCCUAUUCACAAUCCUCCGUGACCAAGACCAAACGCUACUAAACCCGUCGACCCACGCUUCGAGAAGGGGUUUCAGCCUCUCCAGUUCACACCUUUCUCCCUGACAGAGUGCCAAUCUGUCCAGUGUCUAGUGCCCUUUCAGAACCCUCUCCCUGAUCGCCCCGUUCCUAUCUAUCCUCUCAAAGAUCUUUCUACAGGUCCUGUUCUUGAUCAGUUGGUGCCUCUGUCAAUUAUCUUUUUUUUUUUUUUUGGAAAACUGAAACUCAAACAUCCAAAGAAAUAUAGAUAGAUGGGGAGUGUGGGGUGGGGGGUUCUCCUCUUUUAAUGUUCUGUAUUGUGCUUCUCUUUUGUCGCCUCUUUGUGGACAGAUUGUACGAACGGCUUUUGUAACACCAUCUCUGCAAUAAAUCUGAGUUUCUAAAUGAAA